GAAUUGAUGAAAGAGUCACAAUAAUUUUGUAUUAAAAUUGAUAAUAAAACGUAUUACAUUAAAGAUCAAAACGUAAUGACACAGGAAUCUAUUUAUCUGUCAUUUUAGUGUCAACUUGAAUUUUGAGCUGUCAUGUCACUGUCAGUUGCUUAAACGAAACGAGAAGCGAGUUCUUUGUUUACGAACAAAUUAAAUAAAUCUCCAACAAAAAGUCUAUGCAGUGACUCAUACUGGAACUGCAGUGUAACAGAUUUUAAACGCAACUUACCAACAAUUGUGUUAGAUGAUAUAAAGUUCAGUGACAAAGGUUCAAUUUAAGUAACAAUAUUAGUGCGGAAUGGUGUUGAUAUUGUAAUUUAGAACGUUAGAAUGGCAUCGUCAGCAGAGGAAAGUCCGAUUAUAAACUCGGAUAUAGAAAAUGAUGUUACGAGUAGCCGUCGGAACUUGGUGGAGGCGGAACCAGUGGAAGAAACUACAGGAUGGAUCAAGUGUCGAACUGUGCUUGGCAUUAUGGGGUUCCUGGGUUUUGCCAGUGUGUAUGCCAUGAGAGUGAACCUCUCAGUGGCUAUAGUGGCUAUGGUUAACUCUACAACACCUACACCAUCUAACUCAUCAGAUGUUGAUGUUUGUCCAGCCGGUCCAAGCAGCAAUAGUUCUGUACCACAGAGGCCUGGAGAUUUCAACUGGACUGUACAACAACAAAGUAUUGUUUUAGGCUCAUUUUUCUAUGGAUAUGUACUUACUCAGAUCCCAGGAGGAAGGAUAGCAGAAAUGUAUGGAGGCAAACUAGUUUAUGGUCUAGGGAUAUUUUUCACCGCAGUAUUUACAAUUUUAAGUCCAAUCGCUGCAUAUACAGAUAUUUCAUUCUUCAUUGCUGUCCGUGCUCUGGCUGGUUUAGCUGAAGGUGUUACUUACCCAGCGAUGCAUGCUAUGCUAGCAAGAUGGAUUCCUCCAUUAGAAAGAUCUAAGUUUGCAGCUUAUGUAUAUGCUGGUUCAAACAUAGGCACAGUGAUUACAUUACCUAUAUCAGGAUGGCUGUGCACCCUAGAGUUUGCCGGUGGAUGGCCUCUCUGUUUCUACAUUUUUGGCGGUAUUGGCGUCGUAUGGUUUAUUUUCUGGCUGUUACUUGUCUAUGACACACCACAGAAACAUCCCAGAAUUUGUCCAAAGGAGAUUGAGUAUAUUGUUACUACUAUCGGACCUCAGCAAGAAGAUAAACCUUCGUCAUCAAUACCUUGGCUGAAGUUCCUGACCUGCGUCCCCCUGUGGGCCAUUCUUAUUGCGCAGUGUGGCCAGGCUUGGGUGUUCUACACCCAGUUCACGGAACUACCCUCUUAUAUGAACAAUAUACUACACUUUGAUAUUGUAGCUAAUUCAAGACUGAGUGCCCUGCCAUACCUGACUGCGUGGCUGGGCGGUAUAUUGCUGUGUAUAUUCGCUGACUGGACGCUCGCCAAGGGAUGGAUAUCCAGACUCAACAGUAUGAAACUCUGGAACACUGUCUCGGCAUUUAUCCCAGCGUUUGGUCUGCUUGGCAUCGCGUGGGCUGGCUGCGACAGGAUCGCUGUCAUACUCCUGCUGUGCAUCACUUCGGCCUUUGGAGGUGCUGCGUAUGCCGGUAAUCAAAUGAACCACAUCGACCUGUCGCCGCAGUUCGCGGGCACUAUGUACGGUAUAACGAACGCUGCGAGCAACAUCUGCGGGUUCAUGGCGCCUUACGUAGUCGGACAUAUUAUUAAGGCAGAACAGCAAACGCUGGGUCAAUGGCGCGAGGUAUUCUACUUGGCAGCAGCAAUUGAUCUGGGCACUAAUCUCUUUUACUUAUUCUUCGCGAGCACCGAGGAACAGGAUUGGUCGCGUUCGGAACACGACGACUUGACGGCCCCGGCGCCUGUUGAAAGCAUUCUCUUCCCCGAAUCAUAGACAAGUCACAAAACGAAGACGCUGGAGUAGACAAUACUUGUUGCGACUAAAAACUCUUUCGUCGCUACAGGGUUUCACGUUUGUAUUGUUUUUGGAAUAUACUUUAAUAAUAUUAAUUUAAUUAUCAACAACAGAUCUAAAGAUUUUUGUGGUUCUUAAGUUAAAUGUCUAUUUCACUUAUUAUCGAAAGCUAUUGCAAUAUUAAUCGACAAUAAUUUUGAGACUUAAUUGUAAGCUUGAAAAAAAUUAUAUGAAUACUUUUUUAUUAGACUUAAAGUCCUGGUGACUUGUCAAAGGAUAAUUUUUUUUCUAUUUUCAAAAUUCCCAGUAAGCUAGAAUCAUGCCUGGUGUAUGGUGACAGCUUCGUCUCUUAUUACAUGGUAUGCCCAUAGCACACGGCGUAUACGCGCUUCAUACGAGAUUUGAACGUAACCUUGUGACCAGUGGCGGCUGUACCUUAAGUGCGCUCGUGCGCUGAACCACCAAUCCAAAAGAUUUAAAAAUGACAAAAUAUUAAGUACCUACUUCAUUUUUAUUUUUAUUACCAUUUUAAUAUUUAUUUUUAAAUAUAUAAAAACAAAAACGUAUAAAAAAUUAAAUCUCCAAUUAUAGUGAAACAGUUUGAGCGCUUUACUAAACUAUUAAGACUUAUUUUCCUGUAAAGACAAAUUCUCGUGCGCUUCGGCGAGUGCACGAGGGCUGCUAAUACAACUUGUAGGUGAUACGAGUUAAUACGCCUGACGCGUGAAACAAAAGAUAGUUCAUAGAAAUGUACCGAGUAAUGAGUCGGUUGUCGAGCGCCGCACGUGCGAUGCGAACCGAGGAUUGCCGAGAGCACCCGAUUUUUGACGAAUUGGCCGGCAUGGGCGCGCGCGAGGCGACGGCAGCCAUUGGAUGUUUGACAUCUCGUUAUUAGACUAUCAGUGUAGUUUACAAACAUACCCGAUUUUAAUAAAAAGGUGAUUGAACAUUUCGCUUCAGAUAAAUGUCGUCGUAUUGAUUUAAUUUAAUGUAUAAAAAAUAAACAUAAUAUUAUGUCAAUUUUUGUUUUGUUGCAUUUUCUAACUUUAAUAUUUUAGUAAACUGCACCACCAGUUCGAUAACCCACCAGCCGCCACUGCUUGUGACCCAUGCACACGAGGCAUAAAUACGCCUCUACUGAGCGUUAACGUGCCGAGCGUAAAAUUUUGUCUAACCAAUGCCAAUGUCGAAGAUCUUACUCUGACUUUACUGAAAAACCUGUGAUAAAAGUGACAGUUGAAGACGGUUCUAUUUAACAGCAAAAAUUAAACUCUUGUUGUGAUUUCUUGUGUCGUGGGUGCGUUUACAAACAUGUAAUUUGAUAUGCAAACCACAUACAGACUGCUAAGAACAAUUUGUGAAUUACAAAAAUGUUCCGUAAGAGAAUCAAAAUUUGUCCAUGUGAAAACUAUAAUUCAUUAAUUCAACAUUCCCAGUAUUUCAAAAUCGAAUAAAACAUUCAAAACCCAAUUUUUGACUUCGGCCAAUAAGAAUAAGGACAAAUAUAUAAAUUCAAUAUUUCAUUCAGUGAUUACGUUAUUGAUCUUCUAAUGAGUCUGUCCUACUUGCGUCAAAUCUCGUUCGCUUCCAAAGGAUUAAUGUCUUAUGGACUAGAAAUAAAAAGACAAUAAUCACCACUAAUAUGUAGACGACUAUUAACGUAACUAGCGCCAUCUAUGUUAUGAUUACGAGAAUAAUAUAUGUGAUCUUAAUUACGAUGUCUUUUUAAAGGUGUAAUAUUGUAAUAAAAAUAUAACCAAUUCCAAAUAUGUAAUAUUAUAAUAAUAAUAAUUAUACAUAUACAUGCAUGAAGAAUACUUAUGGUGCUUUUAAUAUCACAAAGUUUAAUAACUAAUUUAUCUGUAAUGAACAUUCUUAUAUAAUUAUUAUUGUUUACCAGUUAUAAUAGAAUUCAAAAUAUUAUUUUCCACAACAAUGAUAGUUAUUAAGAAAUAAAACCUGUUUACUACAUUUCCGAAAUAAAUAGAACUUUAACAUCAAAAAAAAAACUAUGUAAGGUACUUUCCAUUUGUCCAUAAAGCUUAAAAUAUCCAUACAUUUCGAAAUAAUUGAUGUUAGUUUUCUCAGUUAGCCAAACGACUUUGACCUCUAUUGCAUACAAGAUAAAAUCUAAACCAAUCGAAGUAAGUACAAAGUUGGUUUUGAAAAUACAUGUUUCAGAGUGAAACCUAUCUAUCCUUAUUACUCAGAUAUAGACGUCAAAAGGGGUUGAGUUGUUAAAAUGUCACUGUGUAUCUUUCUCUGUCUUUCGCGUGUAUAAAUCAAUGUGCGAUAGAGACGACAACAUAGCAACAAUUACUUUUUCUUUAUUAAUGAACUUAUAUAACUCAUAGUUAGAUGAGAUAAGAUAUUUAUGUUGGAGCAUCUGCGAGUACUUAGAGCUUUUUCAACUUGUAGCAAAUAAAUUAAUUAUGUUUUACGGCUUAAUGAUGCAAUAGUUUCUUUCCGCCCUAGGAGCUAAUAGUCUGAGUUAGCGCAACGCUCAUUACGACAUUUGUCGUGUAAUGCUACGCAUGACUAUAAGCCCCCAGAUUGGCUCGGAAUUAAUCGGGUUACCUCGUCAACAGUUUUGUAAAAGAUAAUUAAUUAUAGCAAGUAUUUAGCCAAUUUUAUUUAUAAAAAGCACGGCUUCAGAACAAAGUUCAGCCUAUACCACAAAAGAAGCUAGUUUAGUUUGCAUUCCUGCUCUCAUUAAAAUACUACACCGAUCUAACGGGUCAUAUAGCUGAAUAUUUACACUAUAUUUAUAGUUAUGUGAUGUCAAACAUCGUAACAGUAAUUAUGAUUAACAUUCGCAUACUUAUGACAAUUAUUAGAACUUAAAAAUAUCCGUUAAAACAUUAACACAUUGUAUCAUUCAUUUCACCAUUAUGUUAAGAUCAACACUAAAUACGAUUAUCGAUAUUUAAAAUCGAUUCUUUUUGUAACUCGAGUAUCGAUAUUUUAACUCAUUUUAUAUUCGAAAAUUAUGUCAAUUGAAAAUAGACUCAUCAGUAACAAUAUUUUGUAAACAUAUCAUUAGGUCAAUUAAUGUUCAAAAAUCCCUAAUAACACUAAUAUUUUAAUGUACUUACCUAUCGGCAAAAUAUAAAAUCGCUAUCCACCGCCCUGUUUUCCCUAUGGUCGCUCGCGCCGAGUGCAUGCAAAUAUCGCCUAAGAAUGGUCGACCGCCAACUUUGCUGAUUACCGUCAACAUAUUUUUGUAGAAAAAAAAAUAUGCACAAAUUAUUAUAAUUAUUAGUCUGUCUCGGGUUCACUUCCCGGGUCC